UAUAGUAAAAGAUUUCAAAUGGAGAAAGUAGAAGCUUCAAAGGAAAAUCGUCGUUCUGAAGAGGGGCAAUUGAGUUCAUCAAUGAGUAUUUCCAGUAAAGAUGACAGGAAAAUUGAUUCUAAAAGGCAACCAGCUUCUAGAAGUAGCUCUUCCUCAAGCAGCUCCUCUGAUAGAAGGCACAGAAGGAGGAAGCAUAAGCACUCAAAGAGAUCGAGAAGACGCUCAAGUGACAGUAGAGACCGGAGACACCGCAGAAAAAGAUCCCAUGAGAGAAGAGAUAGAAGGAGAAGCAGGAAAUAUGAAUCUCAUAGUAAAAGUGACAGGGAUCGACACUCUGAUAGUCUACAUAAAAGCAGGAGAAAAGAAGAUCCUCCUAAAUUUGAGAAAAUAGAAGAGCCCCAAGACAAAAGACCUGAAGAUUAUGAAAUUGGUUCGAUGAAGAUAGUAGAAAAGAAGAAGCCAACUCUUCCAACCAGGGCUGGUGGAGUCUAUGUUCCACCUUGGAAAAUGGAGAAAAUCGCUAAUGAACUGAAGAGCAAAGAUCCUGAUUCUAAGGAACAUCAAAGAUUUAUGUGGGAGAAUCUAAGGAAAUCGAUUAACGGAUUAAUCAACAAAGUCAAUGUUUCAAAUAUUCAGAACAUUAUCUUAGAGUUGUUCCAAGAAAAUUUAAUUAGAGGUAGAGGAUUGCUGACUAAAGCAAUUUUUAAAGCACAAAUGGCCUCACCGAAUUUUACCCAUGUGUAUGCUGCAUUGAUUGCUGUGCUCAAUACCAAGCUUCCAGAGGUUGUCAAGUUACUGAUCAGUAGAUAUAUAAUUCAGUUUCAGAAAGCUUAUAAAAGAAAUAAUAAGAUUGUCUGUGUUGCUGCUGUUAGAAUGCUAGCUCACUUGGUUAACCAACAAGUGAUUCAUGAAGUCCUAGCAUUAGAAAUUUUGUCACUAUUUUUAGAAAACCCAACCGAAGACUCUAUUGAAAUGGCUACUGACUUCAUGACAGAAUGAGGUCAAGUCCUUGGUGAUAUAACUCCACAAGGCUCAAUCGCAAUCUUUGAGAGGUUCAAAGGGAUCCUUCACGAAGGAGAAUGUAAUAGAAGGGUCCAGUACACCAUUGAGAGCUUAUUUAACACUCGUAAAUCCAGGUUCAAGAACCAUCCGGGUGUGAUCUCAGAGCUAGACCUCAUCGAAGAGGAGGACAGGAUCACUCACGAAGUGAGUCUUACCGAUGAAUUUGAUGCUGAAGAAAAGGUGAACUUCUUCCAGUAUGAAUCUAACUAUACUGAGAACAACAAGCAAUGGGAAGAAAUCCAGAAAGAAAUCCUUGGUGAGGAAGAAGAAAGGAUCAACAAAAGGAUCGAGCAACUUGAUGAUGAAGAAGAAAGCUCAGAGUCCGAGGAAGAAGACAAAAUCGAGGAUAUCACAGAACAAGAUCUGAUGAACUUGAGGAAGACCAUAUAUCUGGUGAUCGCCUCCUCUGUUGAUUUUGAAGAAGUUGUACAUAAGCUGAUGAAACUUAACAUUAGAGAAGGACAAGAAAUUGAAUUGUGUAACAUGAUAGUAGAAUGAUGUACACAAGAAAGAACUUACUUAAGAUUCUUUGGAAAUAUAGGAGAAAGAUUAUGUCUCCUCAAUGAGGUUUAUUGAGAGAAAUUCCAAGAGUCAUUUGAAAAACAAUAUGCUACUGUUCAUAGACUUGAUACUAAUAAGCUGAGAAACUCAGCCAAAUUUUAUGCUCACCUCAUGUACACAGAAACAAUCGACUGGAGCAUUCUCAGAGUUGUAAUCUUGACAGAAGAUGAAACUACAGCAGCGAGUAGAAUUUUCUUGAAAAUCUUAUUCCAAGAACUUUCAGAGAACAUGGGAAUGGAACUCUUUAAAGAAAGGCUGAAGCAAGAAAAUGUUCAACCUCAUCUCCAGGGGAUAUUCCCAAAAGAUAGUGCUAAAAACGCAAGAUUUUCCAUCAAUUUCUUUACUUCGAUAGGACUUGGAGCUGUCACUGUAGGUCUUAGAGAAUGGCUCAAGGAGGCUCCUAAGUUAUUGAUGGAGCAGAAAUUGAAAGAAUAUCAAGAGCUGCAGAAUUUAUCUUCUGGCUCAGACUCAGAUUCAGAUUCAAGCAGCUCUAGCUCUUCUGGAAGUAGUUCUUCUAAUAGUAGCAGAUCAAGUAAAAAUAAUUCAAAGAGAAGUAAAUCUGGAAGUAGUAGCAAACCUAGAGGCAGGAGUAGCUCAAGUGGAAGUGAUAGAUCUAGUAGAAAAUCAAAAGGAAGCAAGAAAUCCAAUAGGAGUAGGAAAUCAAGCAGUAGUAGUAGAAGAAGCUCUGUUUCAUCUGAAUCUGAUUAA